UGAGGAUUACGGUAGCCUCAUGUGUGAGCAAUGUAGCACCGGGGAGCAGCCGGAGGAGCUGCUGUUGUGCGACAAAUGUGACAAAGGAUUCCAUAUGAAAUGUGUGAGGCCGAUUGUUGUGAGGAUUCCAAUUGGUUCUUGGAUUUGCCCUAAGUGUUCAGGGGUGAAGAAAGUGAAAAAGUUCUCGCAAAGGAGAAUACUUGAUUUCUUCGGGCUUCCAAGGAAUUUGCCUGAUUUCAGAAGGAAUAAUUCUUCUUCUUGGGGUUUAUUGGUGGCAUGAAAAAUACAGACCAAGGAAGCCGAAGUAUUUCAACCGUGUUCACUGCAAAAGUGAAGUUAAGUUUAUUCUUUGAGUACUGUUUUUUUCUGUUAUAGGUUCAAUGCAACAAAAAUGUUGGAGUUGAUAAUAGAGUGGUGCAGAAACGAAGACCGACGCUGCGAGUUCAUGCCAUUGAUCACGGUUCGUUGAGAUGGAGAGAAGCUGAUAUUUUGGUUUUCAACACAGCUCAUUGGUGGUCUCAUUACAAAACCAAAGCUGGUAAUUCUGGGUCUCAUUGUUGCUACAGUCGAGCCCGUUGUUGCUGCUACUGUAAUUUUGGGUGAGCCAAUGGACAUCAUGCAGUUAUCUUUCUGUAUAAAUCCCUAAUUUGCAGGUAAUCAACUUUUAUGACUGAUUCUAUCGAUAAGAGUUAGAACUCUUACUCAACCGAUUAUAUCGAUAUUGUUAUGUUGGACACUCUCCGAUGUAAUGUGAUACUUUAAUUCAAUUUUUUGUGGUAUGAAUAGAAUGACAAAGUCCAUAUCAUCCAUUAGGUUGGCGAAAUACGGAAAGGUUAGUUAUCUAAUUUCC